UUGCCAAAAUUUUCAGCAGUCGCGUAUUGGUCAGACUAGCUAUCGACUUCCUCUCUACCAUCUUUCCUCUUCUUCUUCUUCCCUCCCUCUUUCUCUCUCUGGUAAUUCAUCGACUCCAUGGCUCUACCUCAGAGUCAGUACCAACAACAGUAUCAACCGCAGCACCAACAGCAACAGCAUCAUCAAUCUAUAUCGUUUCGGAACUUGUACACUGCCGAUGGUCAUUCUUCUCAACCAAUUUCCUAUUUCAACCCCUUGAAUUUGCAGGAUCAUUCCCAGCAUCCUCCCUAUGUUCCUCCAUUUCAUGUAGUCGGGUUUGCACCAGAUACAGCCCCUGCUACGGACGCCAGUGAUGGCGCAGCAGAUUUUCACUGGAUGUAUGGCUUAGAAGGCAAGAAGAAAAGAUUGAAGGAACAAGAUCUUUUUGAAAACAAUUCCCAAAUAUCAUCCAUUGACUUCUUGCAACCGCGUCCUGUUUCAACAGGACUGGGCUUAUCGCUUGACAACACCAGAAUGGCUUCCACAGGAGACUCGCCUUUGGUCUCUCUUAUAGGCGAUGACAUUGAUCAUGAAUUACAGCGGCAGGAUGAAGAUAUUGAGAAGUUCCUCAAAAUUCAGGGUGAUAGGCUGCGACAUACCAUAUUGGAGAAGAUCCAAGCCAAUCAACUCCAAACUCUUUCGAUUGUGGAGGAAAAAAUCAUUCAGAAACUACAAGAAAAAGAAGCAGAGAUGGAGUGUAUUAACAAGAAAAACAUGGAGCUCGAACACCGAAUGGAGCAGCUGUCAGUGGAAGCUGGUGCGUUGCAGCAGCGGGCUAGAUACAACGAGAACAUGAUCUCGGCCCUCAAGUUAAAUCUUCAGCAGGUGUAUGCUCAAAGCAGGGAUAGCAAGGAAGGAUGUGGGGAUAGCGAGGUUGAAGACACCGCAUCGUGCUGCAAUGGUCAGUCACUUGAUUUUCAACUGCUUCGCAGCAACAGCAAUGAUAUGAAGGAGUUGAUGAUCUGUAAGGGUUGCAGGGUUAAUGAAGUGUGCAUGCUUUUGUUGCCUUGUAAACAUCUCUGCCUGUGCAAGGAGUGCGAAAGUAAGCUUACCAUUUGCCCUCUGUGUCGAUCCUCAAAAUUCAUAGGUAUGGAAGUUUAUAUGUAAAGUUGUACCUUGUGUACGAUGCUCAAUUCAUAUAUACUUCUCUUGUGACAAUUAUGUAUUUUUGUUUCCUUUAAAUUGUUCACUAUGUUGUAAACAUUUCAUAGGGCUGUCAUACGAUUUAUGACUCCACAUCUUGAUAUUGAUUUGUAUAUUAACUAUUUUUGAUUUAUAGUUAAUAUACAAAUAUUUAGAGAAAUGAAAUAUAUCUGUACAUUGAAGGGUUUCU